AAAAAAAGAAAAAAAAAGAGACUCCUUCCCAGCCCGCUGACUGUCUCCCUAGCCCCGACCCGCCGCCGCUGCCGCCGCCGCCUCCUUCCUCUCGCCCCGCGCCGCUCUCCACCUCCUCCCGGCUCCCAUCCACCGAAAGCCGCCGCCGCCGCUUCUCCUUCACAUCGCCGCCUUGCCCCUGUACGACGCCGGCCGCCUCCCUAAUCGCGAACGGCGGGGAGGAGACGAGGCGCGGCGGAAUUCCGCACCGGAGUAGAGCGGACCGUCUCCUCGCAGCUCCCCCGCCCACGCUGCCGCUUGUGAGGUGAUAGCACCCCCGCCCCGUCUACCGUGUCACCGCAACCUGCCGCCCAUGGCCGGGGAAGACGGCAAGGUGGAUCAUCCACGCCGCAGCGGGCGCCUGAAGGCUCAAACUCGCGCGGAUCAGGAGCACGGUGCUGAGGACACCAGCGAGGUGGACUGCUCGCGCCGCCGCUGUCUCAGGCCUCAGUCUUCCUCGGGCCAGGAGGCCGAUGGCGAGGCGGACCACCCGCGCUACAAUUUACGCCUCAGGAGCCACCGUGCUGUGAGCAAGGAAGGCAAGGAUCAUAACAGGGUGAAAAAGCCAAAGCAUGAGUUUUUUCUCUAUAUUGAUUACUAUAGGGAGAAGGAGAAGGCAAACGGAAGAAAGUUAAACGCUCGAGAUGCAAGUAAACAGGCUAAGUGGAUGUGGAAAAAGAUGAGUGAUGCUGACAAAGCCCCCUACAAGGCAGAGGCUAUAAGACUAAGUGCAGAAUACAAAGAAAAAAAGGGAAGGAUGAACUGCUCUUCACCAGAAGUGGUCUCCACGCCCCCACUGGUGAAUGACACGGCUUCAGAGGUGAUCGCCACGCCUCCAGCGGUGAAUGGCACGCCACCAGCUGUGAAUGGCACACCUCUACAGGAGCCCAACGUCAGUGACCCGUCUUGGCUUCAGGAUCUUCCAGCACCUCCACAGGAGCCAGUAUUCAGCUUUAGCGGAAGUUCAAUGGACCAGGUGUCUAUGUAUGUUUCAACUGGGCCAGAAGCAUCAAGUGAUUCGGAGUCUUUGUUUAAGAAAGGAAAAGGUGAUGGCGUGCGGCCUUCGCCCCCGUCGGUGAACAGGCCAGCUGUGAGGCGAGGUAGCAAGUAGAAAAGGGAGCAAGACAAAACUUGUGUUUAAGGUGCUGUGCUGCAGACCUUGUGGACGCUGCACGUCAUGGCAGCCAGACAGCGUGCGAUUGAGCUCCACUACUCCAGUUGAGAUCAGCUUGUAGAGUUUCACAUUCUUCGGUUCAGCUUCUAGACUUUUUUUUUCUUUUCUUUUCUUGAGUGCAAAUGUUAAGGGUCCGUAGGAACAAUUUUGUACAAGUUUUCUGCUAGCAAAUGUACAGGGCUACGUAAUUUGUUUAGUAAUCGUAAAUUGCUAGCAAAAGUUGUUGUCCUGAACCAGCAUAUGACUUGUGGCUAUACUUCUUUUUUUUGUUUUCGAGAAAACCUGUGGCUAUAUUUGGAGGAUUAAGUUAUUGCUAGGACUAAUUGAUCAUUUGGUCAGUCAGCUUUUCAUGA